AUGCAACCCAUUGCAAGUGGACAAUGGAGAAACCAAACUGUUGUCACCGUAUUCAUCCUCCUGGGAUUUGGGGAACUCCCACAACUUCACAUUCUUUUUUUCCUAGUGUUUCUGGCCAUCUACCUCAUGACCAUGACUGGAAACAUCCUCAUUGUUCUGCUUGUGGUGGCUGAUCAUCACCUUCAUACUCCCAUGUACUUCUUCUUGGGAAACUUGUCGUGUCUGGAGAUAUGUUACACGUCUACUGUUAUCCCUCGGAUUUUGGGCAGCUUUCUGACUGGAGACAAAACCAUUUCCAUUAUUGGAUGUCUGGCUCAGUUGUAUAGCUUUGGCAUCUUGGCAGCCACUGAAUGUUAUCUGUUAGCUGUGAUGUCUUAUGAUCGAUAUAUAGCAGUAUGCAAACCACUUCAUUAUUCAGUUUUUAUGAAUACCAGGAUUUCUAUCCAGCUAGCUACAUAUUCCUGGGGGAGUGGCUUCCUGGGCAGCACUGUAGUCAUUGCAUUAACAUCUAAUUUGUCUUUUUGCAAAUCCAAUGAAAUCGAUCAUUUCUUUUGCGAUUUCCCACCCCUGAUCAAGCUUGCUUGCAGUGAUACAAGUCUUGCAGAAAUAGCACUAUCUGUGGUUUGUAGCAUUAUAUCGGUAUUCCCCACUGCCUUAACUCUGACCUCUUACAUUUGUAUCAUCAAUGCCAUCCUGAGAAUUCCAACAAAUACAGGGAAGCAAAAGGCCUUUUCCACCUGUUCCUCUCACCUAAUAGUUGUUACUAUAUUUUAUGGAAGUCUCCUUGCUGUAUACUUGGUUCCUUCUUCCAAGAACUUGAACAAAAUCAUCUCGGUCUUCUAUACUCUUCUGACACCGUUAUUUAACCCACUCAUCUACACCCUAAGAAAUAAAGAAGUGAACAGGGCCUUGAGAAAAUAUCUCAAUAAAUUAAUCUCUUUCACUUGA